GAAAAGUAUAUUUGUGAUUGGAGAAUCAUUCUCACAUAGAGCUGCUCCAUCUAGCAUGUCUGGUUGAAUUUCAAGGCUGCUGUUUUUUGCUCUGCUUCAUACCAAUCUCACAGCGGAUCAAUUCGGAGGAACAAAUCGGGACCUUAGAAGGUUUUUGGUGGAAUACUGCGCAGCAUCCGCUACUCUCUAUCGUUUAGCGCCAUCUUCAAGUCCCUCUUGCAUUCCUGGACUCCUAUUGUUUUUAACCCGUCCGUGACGAAUCAAGCUAAGGUUACACACUAAAGAAUAAACAAUGGAUAAAGCGGAGCUUAUUCAGAAGGCCAAGUUGGCGGAGCAAGCCGAGCGCUACGAUGACAUGGCCGCCUCGAUGAAGGAGGUAACGGAACAGGGGGGCGAGCUGUCAAACGAGGAGAGGAACCUGCUAUCUGUCGCAUACAAGAACGUGGUCGGAGCACGGCGGUCGGCAUGGAGGGUCAUCUCCAGCAUCGGACAGAAGACGGAGGGAAGCGACAAGAAGCUCGCAAUGGUCAACGAAUACCGGGAGAAGGUGGAGGGCGAGCUGAGAGAUAUCUGCAACGAUGUACUGGAACUGCUGAAUAAAUAUUUAAUUGAGAACUCCACAAAUGCUGAAAGCAAAGUCUUCUAUCUUAAGAUGAAGGGCGACUACUAUAGAUACCUUGCCGAAGUCGCCUCUGGGGAUGACAAAACAGCUACCAUAGAACACUCUCAGGAGGCGUACCAGCAGGCAUUUGACAUCAGCAAGAAGGAGAUGGACCCCACACAUCCCAUCCGCCUGGGCCUGGCCCUAAACUUCUCAGUCUUCUUCUACGAGAUCCUCAACUCUCCAGAGAAAGCCUGCUCACUGGCCAAACAGGCAUUUGAUGAUGCCAUUGCAGAGCUGGACAAACUGAACGAGGAGUCCUACAAAGACAGCACUCUCAUCAUGCAGCUGCUCAGAGACAACCUGACAUUAUGGACAUCCGACAACGCGCCUGAGGAAGGCGAGGCUGGAGAAGCCGGCGAAGCCGGAGAGAACGAGAACUGAAACUCAUCUCUCUCUCAAAAAAAAACCUUUUUACACAUCUCCAUUCCUGUAUUGCUCCACUUAAAGUCUUUUAGCAAUGAAACCCAUUACUGAACAAAAGCUGCAUGUGGAAAUUCCAAAAUAAUUUGACUUUUCACGCUGCAGCUUUUGUGCAAAUAAAAGAAAGAAAAAUAUUGAUUGAGGGGGGGGUGAAACCUCCAUUCCAUGGUUUGUUUGUCCUGACCUUCCAUACGUGCAGUUUCUCCUGUUAGAAAAGUAUUAAUAGCUUCUUUUUAUCAAUGUUUUAGUCCAAAUUAGAGGAAGAAAUAAGACAUUCUAGGGCUUUUUGCUGAGCUACUGAAUCUUAGUCCCAUCAAAACACAAGGGGAGUUCAGAUGUUAGAACAGGGGUGUUUGUUAAGCAAAUUCAAUGAAUUGUUCCCUCACCCUCCAUAGGCUUGUUCUCUAUUUCUCCACAUGGUUAUCCUGUAUGGUUACAGCUGCUGACAUCCUCCACACGGUUAUCUUGUAUGGUUACCGCUGCCGACAUCCUCCACACGGUUAUCCUGUAUGGUUACAGCUGCUGACGUCUUCCACACGGUUAUCCUGUAUGGUUACAGCUGCUGUGACAUCCUCCACACGGUUAUCCUGUAUGGUUACAGCUGCUGACGUCCUCCACACGGUUAUCCUGUAUGGUUACAGCUGCUGUGACGUCCUCCACGGUUAUCUUGUAUGGUUACAGCUGCUGUGACGUCCUCUACACGGUCAUCUUGUAUGGUUACAGCUGCUGUGACGUCCUCUACACGGUUAUCUUGUAUGGUUACAGCUGCUGACGUCCUCUACACGGUUAUCUUGUAUGGUUACUGCUGCUGACGUCCUCCACACGGUUAUCUUGUAUGGUUACUGCUGCUGUGACGUCCUCUACACGGUCAUCUUGUAUGGUUACAGCUGCUGUGACGUCCUCUACACGGUUAUCUUGUAUGGUUACAGCUGCUGACGUCCUCUACACGGUUAUCUUGUAUGGUUACAGCUGCUGUGACGUCCUCUACACGGUUAUCCUGUAUGGUUACAGCUGCUGUGACGUCCUCCACACGGUUAUCCUGUAUGGGUACAGCUGCUGUGACGUCCUCUACACGGUUAGCUUAUAUGGUUACAGCUGCUGUGACGUCCUCCACACGGUUAUCUUGUAUGGUUACAGCUGCUGUGACGUCCUCUACACGGUUAUCUUGUAUGGUUACAGCUGCUGUGACGUCCUCCACACGGUUAUCCUGUAUGGUUACAGCUGCUGUGACGUCCUCCACACGGUUAUCCUGUAUGGUUACAGCUGCUGUGACGUCCUCCACACGGUUAUCCUGUAUGGUUACAGCUGCUGUGACGUCCUCCACACGGUUAUCCUGUAUGGUUACAGCUGCUGUGACGUCCUCUACACGGUUAUCCUGUAUGGUUACAGCUGCUGUGACGUCCUCCACACGGUUAACUUGUAUGGUUACAGCUGCUGUGACGUCCUCCACACGGUUAUCCUGUAUGGUUACAGCUGCUGUGACGUCCUCCACGCGGUUAUCUUGUAUGGUUACAGCUGCUGUGACGUCCUCCACGCGGUUAUCCUGUAUGGUUACAGCUGCUGACGUCCUCCACGCGGUUAUCCUGUAUGGUUACAGCUGCUGUGACGUCCUCCACGCGGUUAUCCUGUAUGGUUACAGCUGCUGUGACGUCCUCCACACGGUUAUCCUGUAUGGUUACAGCUGCUGACAUCCAAUGUGAACAAGUGUAAUUGUUCCUUGUUGCAGCGAGGGCCAGUCAAUGAGCUGGCACCAAGUAUCACAGCCAGGUGAUUUCCAUUGGUUCUGAAAAUGUUUUUCCUCGCUCCCCCCUGGUUACAACAUUCACAAUAAAGCAUGUCUGGUUGAAGAGAAGUGGGGGGCUUUCUGAAGACCAAAACAAAAAUAAAUACUCCUACAUGCAUGUAAUUGAAUAGUACACUGGAAUGGGAACCAAUGCGCUAUACACACCAUGUCCAAAUGUCCAAUUUAGUACUUUUCAAUGCAGGUUUGUGCACGUGUUAAUUAACAAGGGUGUUUGGUUAGUCCAGUGAUUUGUCAUUAGAGAUUUGGACCACUAUGUUUUUGCUAAUCAUCGAUUGUAGUUCCCAAAAGCCUCGUGGAAAUGUUAAUGCCCUAUGUUUCAGCUAUGUAACAUGAAUAAAAAUGAAAUUUUAUAAACCCA